AGUCUCCAAAUGUUCAAAACGUAAACAAGCUAGUAGGCUAACCCAGCUAGCUCCACAACGGUAACGAUAUCUGACUAAGAAAGCUUCAUAUGAGCCAUUUAUCUGAUUGUCUUUUAUUGAAUCGUGAUUGCUUCCGAGCGUGGAAAUAAAAAUAUAAUAUUGCUGGCUUCCUCGCCAUCAGCAAAGGAAACUUGACAUAAUCUCGAUUUGUUGUUAAAUAUCCCAGCUUUGAUGAGAUCACCAUGCACCACCUCAAGAUCAAGACGGAGAGACCUGAUCAAGAGGGGAGUGUUGCUCGCAGUCGUUUGGAUGCCGUCUUGCAGGUUCUGGUUGAAAAGAAUGACACUGAGAGUGAGCAGAACGAAGACGAUGCUGGGAAGAUGACAGCAGACUCUCUCAACAAGGACUUGUCUCCUUUGUCUGCUGGAAAACGAUCAUCGUCUCGGUUCCCUCAGCAUCGACGGAAGAAGAGAAAGGAAAUGGAGGAUGGCCUACCAGAGAGCAAUCAGCUCAAACAGAACACGUACGUCAUCAAGCUGUUUGACCGCAGCGUGGACCUGGCCCAGUUCAACACCAGCAGCCCGCUCUACCCCAUCUGCCGCGCCUGGAUGAGGAACAACCCCGCCGCCCCGGAGCAGCCGGCGUCCCCGGGCCCCCCGGAGCCCCCCGGGGGGGGGGAGGAGAUAACCGACAUGCUGAACGGAAAGCCCCAGGGUGUGUACAGCCUCCCUCCGCCCACCCCCUGCCCCGUCAGCCUGUCGGGACAACCCCUGAACCUCAGGGUCCCGGCCACGGAGAAGCCCACCGUAUCCAAGCUGGCCGUGGAUCAGUUUCCUGUUCCCGGCGCCCUCCUUUGUGACCACAUGGAACGAUGGAAAAAGAUACGACAAAAGUGGAAGGAAUCCUCCAACCGAAACCAGAUGAGAUACAGCGAGAGCAUCAAGAUCCUCAAGGAGAUGAAGGAGAUGUACGAUCAAUGAGUGUGAUUGUACAUA